AAAUCCGAGCUUGCAAAGUGCGUCACAGUGAGGAUCUGCCGACGACCGACGGAGCUCAGCGACGACGCUCGUCUCCUCCACUUCUCCGCUUGCUCUGCUCAACUUGAGCCGACGCUUGCCGCAGCACCAUGGUGAAGAUCGCGUUCAACUCGGCCCUGGCGCAGAAAGCGCUGGGCAAAGAGGCGCCAGCCGCAGAGAAGGACCCUGAGCUGGGCUCUGCUCCGGCGGCCAACGAGGGCUCCACAGGUCGCUGCCUGCUCACCCUGCUGGGCAUCGCCUUCAUCCUCAGCGGGCUCAUCGUGGGGGGCGCCUGUCUCUAUCGAUACUUCACCCCAAAGAGGCUGUAUCACGGCGCGAUGCAGUUCAACGACGUGUCCGCCGCGGCAGGAGGGGAGAGCCAGCCGUACUACCUGCCACGGGUGGAGGAGGAGGUGGAAAUCUCUGACAACAUGGCUGUCAUCAGCGUGCCCCCUCCCCGCUUCAGAUCUGGAGACCCUGCGUACAUCCUCCACGACUUCAACAGGAAGCUGACGGCGUAUCUGGACCUGACUCUGCGGACCUGCUUUGUGAUCCCUCUGAACACCUCGGUGGUGCUCCCCCCUCAGGACCUGGUGGACCUCUUCUCACAGUUGAUGUCCGGCUCCUACCGCAGCUACCUGGUGCACGAGGACCUGGUGGUGACGGAGCGCAUCGACGAUAUCAAACCCCUGGGCUUCUACAUCCGCCGGCUGUGUGACGGAAAGGAGACGUACAGAAUGCAGCGUCGCGCCAGCCUGCCAGGUGGAGGCAUCCAGAAGCGCUCCGCAGACGAAUGUUUCACCAUCCACCACUUUGAGAACAAGUUUGUGACGGAGACCCGGAUCUGCAAGGCUUGAUGGGAAACUGAGCGUAGGUCAGAGAGAGAGAGAGAGAGAGAGAGAGAGAGAGAGAGAGAGAGAGAGAGCGUGAUAGAGAGAGCAAUAGUGACAGAGAGUUGAUGUGAGUGGGCACAGGAGGAAACAACUUUGAGUAGAAGUAGAAAGUUACUUUUGUACAAAACUCUUAAUUCCACUGUUUUGCCUCCCCCCUGCUUUAACCCCCAGUGAUAAGUGAAUUUAAAUGACAGUGUUACGGCCUAACCCCUCCCUCCCUCUUCUGCUAUAGUCCACUACAUAAGUUCAUAGCCUUUAUACUCAAGUAUUCACUAUCUAGUCUUGUACUGAUAACCUGCAUCAGCCUGCUAAUUCAGGAUGUAACUAAGUUUAAUUUGUUAUGUUGUUGUUUUUUUUCGUCAUUCUUUUGCUGUAGCUUUCUGCAGACUAGUCUUAUCGUUGUUACCGUGUCACGGCAUCUAGUCACCUCCGCACGAGAGUCGCAACUCAUUCGACUUCGAAUUCCAGUGAUAAUGAGAAGCCAUUUGUCUCAGACCCGUGUGUGUGUGUGUGUGUGUGUGUGUCAGCCCACUGUUCCCACUCUCCAUGGGCUUUAUAGAGCAGCCCCUCGACAAGAUGUACUACAUGUUCUAGUGUGAUAUAGCACAAGUCAACCUGCGGAGAUAUGGUAUAGUUCAGUUACAGAGCACAUGUAACAUGUCUGUCGUCCCUUUACGGAUUGUACGAGAGAUGCACAAGCCCCAGAGCUCUCGGUCAACACUUUGCAGAUAUUACCCAGAGUACCUGCUGCUCCCAGAGGCCCCAAAGGCCCUGGAUGUCCCAGUGUGUGAUGAUUUAAUGUAGCCCUGAUGGUGACCAGUGUACGUGUUUGUGUAAAAACCCUCAUUUUUUCAACACAGAACUUGAAGGAAUGGUUGACGAGCUGAAGGAGUGUAUAAGCUGAAGGGAAAUUUCACAAAAAUUCGACAUUCUUUCAACUUCUUAUUUAUAGAUUUGGUGUCCCACAACAUGGGAUCAAAACUGUCACAGGAACAAGAUCUGUGCUAAAAUAUAUUUAUUUGAUUUUGAAAGAAAUAAAGAAUAAAGUCAUUUUCAUUGGUUUCCCACACAAUGUCUGCACAGAAAGACAAUCAGACAGGAACUGUGCUUGUAAAAAAUGUUUCUGUCUCAGCUUUUUAACUGAAUACGCAAAAAUGAGAUAAAAACCAAUGUUGUGUGCAGCUACUGAACUGAACUACACUUUGUUGUUGAAUAAAGUUGCAUAUUUCUUUACCUA